AAAUAUAAAAAUAAUUGGACAAGAAGAAAAAGAGUUGCCCACUAAAAAUGAGCACUUUAAAGUUAAAACUACUCCUUCUAUCCUUAUUAUUUUUUUUCUCUACUCUCUAAAAAAGUGAAUGAGAGUGAGUGUUAAAGUUAGAAAAAUAGUGAAGAAAAUAAAGAAUUUCCCUUUUUUGUUUUGGAGAUUUUGCUAAGGAAGAUUCGAGAAGAAAAGAAAAUAAAGUAAUAUAUUUUUAAGAAUUAAGGUAUAGGAAUCAAAGAUCAACAAAAAAAAGGAAUUCAAGAAUGUAUGGAGAUUGUCAAGUAGCUUUACCAUCAUCAAUGGGAGGUGCAGGAGAUAAUGGAAUACCAUCAACAGCAGAUUGCUCCCCUCUUUUCACUUCAACUAUGAGAAACCCUAAUAAUAAUCAUGUUAAUGUCAAUGCUUUCUCAUUCAUGUCUUCUCUUCCUCCCACAUUCCAUCCUUUCCCUUCCAUCUUGCCUGUGAAGGAGGAAAGAGGGAAGGAGGAGAUGAUGGAGAGUAUGUCAGGAAGUGAGCUUAAUAUGGAAGGACAUGGAGGUCUUUCAGGGAACGAGCUUGACAGUAUCAGCGGUGAUCCUUUGAAUCAAAAUCAAUCGCAACCACCCGGAACUUCUAAGAAGAAACGUUACCAUCGUCACACUGCUCGUCAAAUUCAAGAAAUGGAAGCAUUGUUUAGAGAAUGUCCACAUCCUGAUGAUAAACAAAGGAUGAAGCUAAGUCAAGAAUUAGGGCUUAAACCACGUCAAGUCAAAUUUUGGUUCCAAAAUCGUCGUACCCAAAUGAAGGCACAACAUGAUAGAACAGAUAAUGUGAUACUAAGGGCAGAGAACGAUAACUUAAAGAAUGAAAAUUACCGCUUACAAGCUGUGUUGAGAAGCCUUGUUUGCCCUGGUUGUGGUGGCUCUUCCAUUCUUGGAGAACUUGAAUAUGAUGAACAACAUCUUCAUGUCGAAAAUGCUAGGCUCAAGGAAGAGUUGGAUAGAGUAUGUGCUGUAGCAUCAAGAUACACAGGGCGAUCACUCCAAUCCCUUGGACCCACACCACCACCAGUAACUCUCCUUCCACCACCGCCAUCACUAGACCUAGACAUGGGCAUCUACUCGAGACAUUUCCAAGAACCGAUGCCUCCUUGCACUCAAAUGCUACACGAGUCUAGUGAUUAUCCCGGUGGUAGUGGAAGUUGUACUAGUAGCGGCCUAGUUUUGGACGAAGAGAGGCCACUCGCUAUGGAUCUUGCCUUGUCGUCGAUGGAUGAGCUGCUCAAAUUGUGCCACGCAAACGAGCCCUUAUGGGUUCGCAAUAGAAGCAACUCAAUGGAUGUACUUAACAUUGAAGAAUAUUGUAGAUUGUUCCCUAAUUGGCCUUCUCAUCAUAAUGGUGAUCCCUUCAAAGCUCAUUACAAUGAGUUAAGGACUGAAGCAACUAGGGAUAAGGCACUUGUUAUCAUGAAUAGCAUCAAUCUUGUGGACUCCUUCCUUGAUGCUAACAAAUGGGUAGAGUUGUUUCCCUCUAUUGUAUCUCGAGCCAAGACCAUUCAAAUUCUCGUCUCUGGAGUCUCCGGUCAUGCUAGUGGCUCGCUUCAUCUCAUGUACGCGGAGUUGCAAGUACUUUCACCAUUAGUACCAACUCGAGAGAUUCACUUCCUCCGAUACUGCCAUCAUAAUGCAGAGGAAGGCAUGUGGGCAAUCGUCGAUUUCCCUAUAGAUAAUUUUCAGGGAAGCUUUCAACUUUAUCAUACCAACAUUCCUAGGUAUAGGAGACGCCCUUCGGGUUGCAUCAUUCAAGACAUGCCUAAUGGUUAUUCUAAGGUAACAUGGGUUGAACAUGCUGAAAUAUUGGGGGAAAAACCAACCCAUCAAAUAUUCGAUGUAUAUGUUCAUAGCAUGACGGCAUUUGGAGCAAAACGAUGGUUAGCUGUUCUUCAAAGGCAAUGCGAGAGGGUCGCUAGUCUCAUGUCUCGAAACGUGUCUGAUCUUGGAGUGAUACAAUCACCAGAAGCAAGAAAAAACUUCAUGAAAUUGGCACAAAGGAUGAUAAAAACUUUCAGUGUUAAUAUAAGCACAUCUGGAGGACAAUCAUGGACUGCAUUAUCUGAAAAUGCAGAGGAUGCUGUGAGGAUUACUACUAGAAAAAUCAUGGAGCCAGGCCAACCCAAUGGUUUGAUUUUGUGCGCUGUUACUACUACUUGGUUGCCUUACUCUCAUGAUCAAGUUUUCGAGCUCUUGAAGAAUGAAUAUCGAAGAUCUCAGCUUGAAGCACUUUCCAAUGGAAGUUCUUUACAUGAAGUAGCUCAUAUAGCAAAUGGAUCUCAUCCCGGCAAUUCAAUCUCUCUCUUUCGCAUUAAUGUGGCAAGCAAUUCUUCACAAAAUGUGGAGCUAAUGCUGCAGGAGAGCUGCACAGAUCCAUCAGGAAGCUUAGUCGUGUACGCCACAAUGGAAGUUGACUAUAUCCAACUAGUAAUGAGUGGUGAAGACCCUUCUUGUAUUCCUCUACUCCCAACCGGGUUCUCCAUAAUACCCCUCGAACAAACCAAAAUGUCACCGGACACCCCCAACAACCACCACACGACUACCGGGUGCCUCCUGACGGUUGGGAUCCAAGUCCAUGCAAGCGCUAACCCAAACGCAAAACUAAACCUUUCAAGUGUGAACGUUAUUAAUAGCCACAUUUGUAACGUGGUCCAUCAAAUUAAUGUCGCCCUAGGCAACACUAAUGGUACGACAAGUAAUCCGUUAGAAGUACCUAACGUUGGCUCACAAGUGUGAGCCAACAGCGUUCAUGUGGAGUAACACGAUAUAGUUGGGUGAUACGAACAGACUAAUAUAAAUAUCGGUUUCAUUAAUAUAGGAGUUAAUAAAAACGAACACUAAUUUAGUUAGGUGGGUGAAGACGUUUAAUUAAUGUACGAUUAAUUAAAGAGUAAGAAUUGGUGGUGGAAGUCAAGAGCGCACCAGAUUUGAUCCUUGGAAAUGGCAUGUUAGUUGGCUAAGGCUACUAUCUAAUACCAUUCAUUAAGGGUGUUGGUUCGGGCAUUGACUUCUGCUUUUACUCAUUUAAUUUAUUAUUGGGUCCUUUUUUCACUUUUUAUUUAAUUUUUGGACUUUUUUGUGAAUUUUUUAGAAAAAAACUGUUAUUGUUGGUGUUAUUUGAUGAAUUUAGUGAACAAUUUAUGACUUUAUUUA